UUGUAGAAACACUUCGUAGCUUCUUACUGAACCCGGUGGAGGGGGGUAGACACGGGAUAUCCGAUAGAAACGUCGCCAAAAGCGCGGUAGGUUCAGAAACGCUCGCCCGCUAAUGACCGUUAUUAACGCGUGGCCAGGCCGCUGCAGGAGCGCGUGGGCCACACACAAACUCGACGCCACAACACACACUCCGACGGCAAUGCCAGAAUCAAGCCGGCAUCAUCACACAAGGGACAAAGACUACUCUAGUCGAGACAGGAGAGCCCCUGAUGGAGACGACAGAUCACGGAGCCACCGAGAGAAACAAAGAUAUGCUGACACACAAAGGGACCCCCGUGUGUACGAGGCCACCCGUUAUCAUAGUCGGGGAGUGCCCAGUUACACCGAGACAUCAUCCUCAUACUAUGAUGACAGUCAACCCUACCAUCAUGCACUUUACAACCUAAGAUACAUCACAACUAGCAGAGGCAUCUGUCAGGCCAUGGAAUUCUUCUUAGGCUUGUUGCUUGUCAUCUGUGCUGGAGUGAACCACAGUAACUCGGGUCGGUAUCGGGAUAUCGCCAGUUUAGGCGGUUUGUACCAGUACUAUUACGGAGGAGCCAACGCAUUCACCGGAGCAGAGGCGCAGAAGGUCCAGCAGCUCGACGACCAGUUCUACCAGCUCAAACUGCCCCCUUACGUCUACAGCAUGGCGUGUGGUGGGGCGCUGAUGCUUUACGCUUGUGCCACGCUGGCCCUCGGAGUGCUUCGCGUACCCUACCGUUUCCCUCCUCUGCUGCUGGCUGAAGCCCUGCUGGAUGUGCUCAUAGGUCUCGGUUUUAUUCCUGCCGUCGCUUUCUACUUCAUAAAGCUGCAGGAGAUCUACAACAACCCCAUCUGUAAAGAGAGGGAAGCCAUGUACAGCAGCAAAGGUCACAGAGGAUUCGAGUGCAAUCUCAACGGGGCAGACAUAGCUGGAGGCUUGUUUGGUGUUCUGGGGAUUAUUAUAUUCCCCAUAAGCGCCGUGUUGGCCAUCAGAGGCUUCAUACGAGUGCGGAAGAUGAAGGAGAGGCCGACAGAAGACAACAACCUGUGAAGGUUACGCCAUUUCAUGAAGAGAUUGAAAUGUGGAAAGCACAGAAGGUCCUACAGCAGUGUAAAUGCUUUGGUUAGUAUUUUUACAGUAUCAGAAGGAUAUGUAUUUUUUUUAUAUAUACAAGUUUGCUUUCUUCCUAAGAGUUUUUGAUGAAAUGUUUUUUUCAGAUAUUCUUCACAAACAUUAGAUUUGAUUCAUUAAUUAAAACGAAACACACAAUAUAUUGAGAAUGAGUUGAAUUACACAAAAUGAAUUACUUUAUUAGGGUUUCUGCGGUUUUUAAAGUCUUUAUUCAUCCAUCCACAAGUUAUAAAUUCAUAGUCAUGACACUAAAUGUUGCAAAAAAAAAUAGUUUUCCAAUAGAAACAUUUAAACAUCGUUUACUUGAGAUGCAAAUGUAAAAGUCUUAAAAUAUUGUACAAAUUGAAGUGUUUAUGCUUGAAACAAGAAAUGUCAAUGAGGUAUGAAAACUGGGUUUCCCUUUAAAUGUAAUGUAAUGUUUUUCUGAGCCAGAUAUUUGUUUUAACCAUAAACUCAAUUUCACAGAAAACGUCAUUUAGUUUCUCAAGUAAAUGUUUCAUGAUUGAAGAAUCUUUAGACGUUUGCACUGAAAAACAACAAAAAUGAACACCACUCUUUUGCAGUGUGAUCAGAAGGUGCAGUAAAAGUAAUUUCCAAAUUCUAGUUUGUCAAAUUAAUUAAAAAGUUGGGAGAUCGGUUGGAAGUUGUACUUUUAAGUAUUGCUAAUACAACUCAUUGUGUUUCUCUCAAGACAUUUACAUUCAGGGAACAUCCGCGCCAUUAGUUGCCUUCAAUUGAUUUUCUACAUUUUCUGUUUGGUCUGAAAUUGACCAUCUUGAAAACCUGCAGAAAGCAGGUUGUAUGUAUUACAUAAUAUACAUACUCAUUUCAUUAUGUUUGGUGCCGAUGAGCCUAGUUCACAUUUAGUACUUUAACAUAUUAAGCAAGAUUAUUUCCUUCUCUUUAUAUGUGCGUCUGUUACGCAACUAUAUAUAUUAAAGUAUUCUGAGACAUGCAUAUGUUAUGCGCAAAUACAGUACAUUCCAUAAAGGACUUCUGAGACACGUGUUUCACAGUAAAAAAAUUUAUUGCUACUUGGCUGAAAAGUUAAUUAAAAAUACAGCUUUCUGCUCAAAACUAAGCAUAGCAGCAUCUGAAAUGAAACGAUGAGCCAGCACCCACAGUCCUAGCUGACAGACAGCAAAAGUGCUCGCAUUUAGUCCUUUUACUAAAUCAGUAAAACAACUCAAAUGAUCUCCUAAACUAAAAACAAUUCAAUAAUUUAACACAAUGAAAAUAUUCAGCAGUAUACUGCAUGCUAAAUUAGAAACUUAAAAAUAUAAUAUACAUUAGGC